AAAACCAGCUGAUUCUCAUGUCUGCUGAUUCUACCUCACCCUCCCUCCAUCCUCCCUCUCUCAAGCUCACACAUCGCAUCCACACCCACACCCAAGGAUACCCUCCUUGCUUCUCUACCGCUGAUUUGCCUCACUCCAGCCUUUUCCCCACACCUUUUUUUGUCUUUCUCCUUAAUCCCUUUUACUAUACAUAUAUUUUUGACUUAUUUCCUCUGAGCAAGAGAUCCUGGCCUGACCCCAUUUCUGUGUGAUUAAAGACUUUUGUGGAUGCUGCUUUGUUUUCUAAAACCAUCUUUAAUCUCGUAUUUGGUGGUACCUGUGGAGGUUCUCUGGUUUUUCUCCAGCCAGCCGUCAUACAGAGCGCAGCCCACAGUGAGGAACCAUGCUGGGAUUGGACGUGUGUGAGUUUGGGGGUCAAGUGCUGGAGCUGCUGUGGCUAACCAUGUGCUAUAGAGGUCUGCUGGCUGAUAAGAAUGAUCUGCCUAUCGAGGAGGAAGAGGAUGAGCGAAACCUCAACUACAAUCCCCCGGCUCAGAAAUCGCUGCAGGAGAUUCAGGAAAUGGACAAAGAUGAUAAAAGUCUGGUGAAGUACAAGCAGACCCUCCUGGGACCAGAAGCAAUCCCGACAGACCUCUCAGGGCCUAAUGUCAAUGUGACCAGACUGACCCUGCUGUGUGACAAUGCUCCUAAACCACUUAGUAUGGACCUUGCAGGAGAUCUGAGCGCUCUGAAGGAAAAAAGCUUCACCUUACAAGAAGGAGUGAAAUACAGGCUAAAGAUACACUUCAAGGUAAACAGAGAAAUUGUUUCUGGCCUGAAGUACCGCCAUGUGACCUACAGAAAAGGAGUAAAAAUGAAUAAGGUGGUGUGCAUGGUGGGAAGUUAUGCCCCACGGGCGGAGGAGCAGGAGUUUCUGUGCCCGGCUGAAGAGGUGUCUAAAGGCAUGAUGUCUCGUGGCCAAUAUCUGAUCAAGUCCUGCUUCACAGAUGAUGACAAGAACAUCUAUUUAUCCUGGGAGUGGAACCUCAACAUCAGCAAGGACUGGAAUUAACAGGGAGGGAGAAGGAUGAUGCUACUCUCCUCCCUGUUUUCCCCUCCUGUUCUUCAUCUCCUCUUGUCCAUCCCCUUUGCCACCUUCUUCCUCAUCAUCCUUUGAGAGCAGCCUUGCACUGGUUAAGACAGGAAGCUCUGUUUUCCCUCUUCAUUGUCCAUUACCUAUAUUUCUUUUUCCUCAUGUUUGUUUAAUGCAAUCAUCAAGAGGAAAGAGGAGAUUCUCCUUUUCUUUUUCAUGUCAGGUUCAUCCCCUCCUACAUAUUCUGUCAUGCAGGUUAUAGGGAAUCU